UGCUUGUCAUUUCCCCAUCCAUUGAAAAGGCAAGAAAAGUGAAAUCAAUUAUAUACCUGGAACUCUGUAAGCAUUUCCGUAUUACCCAUGUUGCAAAAAGAAAAUAAGGCAAGAACAAUCAAGUGAAAAAACUGUACUUCCAUCUGUACUUAGAUUUCUUUGGUUCCUUUUGUUUUUAAUGCUUACUUUCCAUUUUAGAAUCAAUAUUUUGUAUCAGUUCGAAGGCAGAAGAGUAGUAAGGACUAGGAAAUAGGAUUUAAGUGACUUUCCCAGGGUCACACAGCUAGAAAGUGUGAGGUCAAAUCUGAACCCAGGACAUCCCGCCUAUAGAGAGGGCUCUCAAUCCGCUGAACCACCCAGCUGCCCCCUCAUCAGUUCUUGUGGUGAUGUAGACAGCAUUUUUCAUCAUAAAUCCUUCUGAAUUAUGUUGGAUCAUUAUCUUGAUCAGAGUAGUCAUCUUUGACAGUUGUUAGAGGAUAACAGGAUAUUGCUGUUACUGUGCACCAUGUUCUGGGUCAGCUCAUAUAAGGCUUCCCAGGGAAUGGUCCUCAUUGUAGGUGAGUGAGAUUUGCCCAGGGGGGAAGACUGCCCAGGAGGGAUGGUUUAGAGGAGAUUACUCCCUGGGAUGAGAUGUUGUUGGCUUAAAAGAUUUUUCAACUUUCCACUGGUGAGAUUCUGAAAUGAUGUUCCAUCUUCUCAGAGAUGCUCUUUUGGUCCUCAGCAGUCCACAGCACCAGGAUGCUCUGUUGAGAAGGAACUGUGAGCCCCCCCCCCAAACACCAGGGGGCUCUGUAGUCAGGGAGGAUACCUGAAGGCUCUAUGGUCCCUAGCACUAAGGAGAACCUUGGAGAAGGGACAAUGGGGGCAGCCACACCGGUUGUGAUUUCUGGAACUUUGGGGGAUCUUCCUUGUGGUCUCUCCUGCCCUAGGGGGGCAAAGCUAUCCUUGCUGCUGCUGAGGGUUAGGGGUCUGCCUCUUACACCUCCCCUAGGACCUCUGCUCUGUCUCCUGCUGCUGCUGCUACUACUGUUGCCAUGCAGUGAGCCUGUCAUAUCUUGUGGCCAUUACCACCCAUUUCGGAAAAUCAUUGGUGGAGAGAUUGCCACAGCACAGAAGUGGCCCUGGCAGGUGAGCCUUCAAGUAGACAGAGUACACAUGUGUGGAGGAUCCCUCAUAAAUAAGGAGUGGGUAAUCACAGCAGCUCACUGUGUCAUUUGGAAUUAUGAUUACACUGUGAAGCUUGGAGAUAUUUCCUAUUUUGCCACUAACUUGAGUACCGUCGUCUCUGUCAAGGACAUCCUCAUCUAUCCCCGUUAUACAGAAUUAAUUUUCUACAGGAAUGACCUUGCCCUUGUACAACUAGCAACACCCUUGACCUACAACCAGAUGAUUCAACCUGUCUGCCUCCCUAAUGACAAUUUAAACUUGAAGAAUGGGACUCGAUGCUGGGUGACAGGAUGGGGCAAGACUAGUACAGAUGAGAAUAAUUCAAGACCAUCUGUGCUCCAUGAAGCUGAUCAAUUCAUCAUUGAAAAUGAUCUCUGCAACAAACUACUAAGAAAGCACUACUUCUUCUCAAAAUUUAUAUUUGUUAUCAACAAGAAGAUGAUCUGUGCCUAUCAUCCAGAAGGAAAAGAUGCCUGCCAGGGGGAUUCUGGGGGGCCCCUUGUCUGUCAAUUCGGAAAGCACACCUGGGUCCAGGUUGGGAUAGUAAGCUGGGGAAUUGGCUGUGGAAAAGAAGCUGUUCCAGGUGUAUAUACCCGAGUCAGUGGAUUCUCCAAAUGGAUCAUCAAAUCUAUGAACCUGAGAAACUCCUCCAUUUUGGCUUCUUCUUGUCUCCUACUCUUCUCCAUGCUGCUGCCCUGGUCCAUCCUGAUACAUCUGUGACAUCAUGUCCUCACCUCCCUCCAGGCUGGGCGAUCUCACUUCCCCUUCUUUCUCCUUCCCUCAAACCUUCCUCAACUUCUGCUGCUCCCUCCAGCCACUUCCCAUCCUUCCUUCCAUUCAAUACCUGUGGCUGGACUGGGUCAGAAAAGCUAUUGCAUGUAAAACACUUUGUAAAACUUAGAACCAGAUAUAAACUUCAGUUGCUGUU